ACUGUUGUGCACGUAUCUCUUUUUAUUCACAUCAUAUUUUAUUUUUAUUUUUUUUUUAUUUUGAAUGUAAUUUUUUUUUUUACUUUUGUGUUAACCUUUCAGUUUUUUUAAUAAAAAAUAAAUCAUACUCGGUACUUGUGUUUCCACCCCAGAUUACUAUCAACUAUUAUUAAUUGUCAGGUGGUUGUAAUUGUUGUUAUAACGAAAUGGCAUCACGCAGAUGGUUCCAUCCAAACAUAACUGGAAUUGAAGCUGAACGUUUAUUAAUGGAACGGGGAUAUGACAGUUCUUUUUUAGCUCGUCCAAGUUCAUCAAAUCCUGGUGAUUUUACGCUCUCUGUUAGACGAAAUAGCGAAGUGACUCAUAUUAAAAUACAAAAUACGGGUGAUUUUUAUGAUCUUUAUGGUGGUGAAAAGUUUGCAACAUUGUCUGAGCUUGUACAAUUUUAUAUGGAAAAUGGUGGACAAUUGAAAGAAAAAAAUGGUGAAGUUAUUGAAUUAAAAUAUCCACUUAAUUGUGCGGAUCCAACAACAGAAAGGUGGUUUCAUGGUCAUUUGUCAGCAAAAGAAGCUGAACGAUUGAUGCUUGAACGUGGUAAAAAUGGUUCAUUUUUAGUACGAGAAUCACAAAGUAAACCAGGUGAUUUUGUUUUAUCAGUGAGAACAGACGAUCGUGUUACUCACGUUAUGAUUCGAUCACAGGACAACAAGUAUGAUGUAGGAGGUGGUGAAAAAUUUGAUAGUUUGAGUGAUCUUAUUGAGCACUAUAAACGUAAUCCAAUGGUUGAAACAAGUGGCAGUGUUGUUCAUCUUAGACAACCAUUUAAUGCAACGAGAAUAAAUGCAAGUGGCAUUGAAAGUCGAGUGAGACAAUUGCAUAAAGAGAAUGGAUGUUCAAAUAGCUGGACAUGUUGGAAUGGUGGAUUGGAUUCCACUGAAAGUGGAGCUGGACGUGCUAAAGGAAAAGCUGGUUUUUGGGAAGAAUUUGAAUCUCUUCAACAACGUGAAUGUCGACAUUUAUUUUCAAGAAAAGAAGGAUUAAGGCCAGAAUGUCGAGCGAAAAAUCGUUAUAAAAAUAUUCUUCCCUUUGAUCAUACGAGAGUUAAACUCAAGGAUGUCGAUCCAAAUAUCCCAGGGGCUGAUUAUAUCAAUGCAAAUUAUAUUAAAAAUGAAGAAGGUGAAGGCUCGUGCACUCGUAUAACUGCAAAUGGUGAUACUUGUAUAUUCAACAAGUGUUAUAUUGCAACUCAAGGAUGUUUAAUAAAUACAAUUCAAGAUUUUUGGCAUAUGGUUUAUCAAGAAAAUACUCAAGUUAUUGUCAUGACCACUAAAGAAAUUGAACGUGGAAAGAAUAAAUGUGCUCGUUAUUGGCCUGAAGAAGGAGAAACAGCUGAAUAUGGUAGUGAAUGGAAAGUUAGUGCACUUGCACGUUCAUCAACAGCUGAUUAUACAUUACGUGAAUUUUUACUUCAAGGCAAUAAACCACAAUUUUCAGAACCACGUAAAAUUUAUCAUUUUCACUUUCAGGCAUGGCCAGAUCAUGGUGUGCCUUCAGAUCCAGGUUGUGUUUUAAAUUUUUUACAUGAUGUAAAUGCAAGACAAGAGUCUAUCGCUGCUUUACUGAGUUCAUCAGCAUCAAAUGGACAAGCACCAACUGCUGUUGGACCAAUUUUAGUUCAUUGUAGUGCAGGUAUUGGAAGAACUGGCACAUUUAUCGUCAUUGAUAUGAUCUUGGAUCAAAUAAAACAACAUGGAUUGGAGUGUGAAAUUGAUAUUCAACGAACAAUUCAGACAGUCAGAUCUCAACGUUCAGGAAUGGUGCAAACUGAAGCACAGUAUAAAUUUGUUUAUCUCGCUGUUCUGCAUUAUAUUGAGACUGAGAAACAGCGAAGACUAGCUAAACAGAAAUCACUUCAACUUGGCCAUGAGUAUACAAACAUACGUUACAAGAGUGAGACAAAUUCUUUAAAUGAAUCUUCAUAAUUUGUUGCAACGCCAACACUUACAACGUCAAAUAAUUAUACUCUUCCUACGCAAGUUGUUAAUUUAAGGCCCAAGUAGUUUUUUAAUUGAUUUAUUAAUUAUAAAAAUUUUCAAGUUUUACAUUACACUAUGGAGCAGGCUCUGAUUGACGUUUCUUCGUUUAUUCUAUUCUAUAAUGCGUGUUUAAAUGCUUUAGCGAAGAAAAAUAAAUAAAACAAAAAAAAAAGACAAAAAAAAAAUAUAAAAGAAAUAAUAUUAAUAAUUAAAGUUGAAUGAAUAUAAAACUUUGGAGCAUAGAAAAAUGUGUUAUAUAAAUUGUACUCCUGGUACUCCUUAAUGUUUAAGGAAAAGAAAAAAUUCUUAAAAUGUCUGGUACAAUUUUCUGAAAUGAUAUGAAUGGAAAAUUGAUUUAAAAUAUUAAAUAAUUGAGGAAAAAAAAUCAAGUUGAAUAAUAGUUUCUUCUUUUAUAAUAAUUAAAAAUAGUGAAAGAAAAAUUUAUAUGACAUUGAUUCCAUAAAAUGAAAAUUUUUUUGUGCUUAUUCAAUGAUUAUAAAAAUAAAUGCAAGUAGUCACC